AUGGGUCUCACCCUGGAGCUACCCAGAAGGUCUGCUAAACAGACUGGGUCUCUGAUCCUGAUUUAUAGCUCUGGGUGGGACCUGAGUCUGCUGGGCUGCAAGGAGAUCAAACCAGUCCAUCCUAAAGGAAAUCAACCCGGAUUAGUCACUGCAAGGACUGGUGCUGAAGCUGAUGCUCCAGUACUUUGGCCACCUGAUACAAAGACUCUGAUGGAAAAGACCCUGAUGCUGGGAAGACUGAAGGCAAAAAAGGAGAAGGAAGUGGCAGAGGAUGGCAUCACCGACUCAGUGGACAUGAGUUUGAGCAAAUUCCAGGAGACAGUAGAGGGCAGGGAAGCCUGGGGUGCUGCAGUCCAUGGGGGUCAAAAAGAGUUGGACACGACUCAGUGA